AUGGCUUCCGAGGUCAAGAUGGUCCCGAUUCCUCGCCGAGGCGUCGACUACCGCGGCAAGGUGGUGCUUGCGCCAAUGGUUCGCUCGGGAGAACUUCCCUCUCGGCUGGUGGCGCUCAAGUAUGGCGCUGACCUCGUGUGGGGCCCCGAAACGGUUGAUCGAGCCAUCAUCGGAACCACGAGGCGGUACAACGAAGCCACACAGACGGUCGAGUGGUUCCGAGUAGCCUCUCACGGCCAGAAAGAGCCGCCGCCGGACGCAAAGGAGAACAUCAUCUACGCAACGCACCCAGAGAAGGAGAAGAACAAGCUCAUUUUCCAGAUUGGAACGUCGGACCCGGAUCGUGCGCUCGAGGCCGCAAGGCUGGUCGCGGCAGAUGUUGCCGGCAUAGACGUCAACGCCGGCUGCCCGAAGCCCUUUAGCACAAGCGGCGGCAUGGGCGCUGCGCUGCUGCGGACUCCGGACAAGCUGUGCGCCAUCCUGGAAAAUCUGGUCAAAAACAUCACUCCGGAGUUCGAAAUCGGCAUCAGCGUCAAGAUCCGCAUCCUCGAAACGCCGGCCGAGACCGAGGCCCUCGUUAGAAGACUCGUCGCCACGGGUAUUACGGGACUCACGGUCCAUUGCCGAACGACACCGAUGCGGCCCCGUGAGCGUGCCAUCCGUGGCCAGCUUCGCAUGAUUGCAGACAUUUGCCGCGAAGCUGGCGUGGCCUGCCUGAUGAAUGGCGAUGUGGAAUCCAAGGACGAAGGGUUGAAGCUGGCAAAGGAGUUUGGCGCGGACGGUGCCAUGAUCGCCACGGCUGCUGAGAAGAAUCCCAGCUGCUUCAGGACCGAGGCGGAGGGCGGCCUUGCCCCCUGGGAGGAAGUCGUCAAGGAGUACGUCAAGGCGGCCAUGGACGUCGAGAACCGGUUCGGCAACACGAAGUAUCUCCUUGCGCAGAUGGUCCCUGGGAAGGCUGGGCUCCACCAGCCCUUGACCCAGAGCAAGAGCUACACGGAUGUCUGCCGGAUGCUGGGCUACGAAGAGUUCCUGGAGCAGGCCCGAGAAGCAGACGUCAGGCGGGGACUCGAUAAGCCGCCGGUGAAACAGUCAAAAAAGGGUAAAUCCAAUGCUGCCGCACUGGCUGCCGGUGGACAGAUGGGACAGGCGAGGGCUAAAUCACAGCAGAAAAGGGCGCUGUCUGAGCGAGCACCAGCUCCAGCACAGGCCGAAUCCGAACCAGUGCCUAUCACUUCUGUCGGGUGA